AUGGGACUCCACGCUCCAACCAAGCGCUGGCCGGGUGGAAUCCCCGCCUCCAUCAAAAUCAGCAAAGAGAAAGCAUGGACCCGCGCAGCCUCUCGAGGCUGGUACAAGUUCGUGCGCGAGAAUUGGGCGGAUGGCAUUGAUGCGCGCGACGAAGACGCGUUGGCUGCGCAGCGGCGGUCGCUAAUCACGGCCUGGGCCUCUGCUGAGCAGGACGUGCGGGAUGAACUCCGAGCCUUCGGCUGUCGCAGUCCGACAAACACAACUGCGGCAUGCUACCUCAUCACCCACGUCCCAGAGCCCGGCUCAGCUCUGCACGCACUGUGGGUGAAGCUACUGCUAAUGUUCUUCGACUACGAAUCGGAAUUCCACAUUGCACACAACGUAUUCGCGCUCUCUCCGCACGAUGGCGAGGCUAUAACCCUGGAUACGUUCAAAAGGUACCAAGCGCUCGAGCCAGCCGAUUUCAGAGUUGUGCAGUUCAAUGAGCUUGGGGAGGCCGUCUUUGGGCCCGCUAACGGGGCAGUGAUCAUGGUCGAUGAGCGGUCGCUGCGGAGCGGGCUCGUGAUAGCGGCUCAGUUCGGUGUUGACGGCACGCCCAGGAACGCGUAUCGGGUGCGUCCGGUGGACUUGCCGGAUGCGUGGAGGAGAGUCGGAAGCUUGGGGAAACCGCUCGGAGAGGUGAUGGCGCAUUUUGACGGGGACAAGGACGAGCAUGAUCCCAGGAUCUGGGACCCGUAUCCGGAGGGGAUGGACAUGCAGCUGCCCUUGCUGGAUAUCGUGAUACAUUACAGCCAAGACACGGACGACCCAGUCCUCACGGAGCGCGCAGAGAUAGAAGAACAGUUGAACCAGUGGGCGCCGGGCUAUUUGGAAGCCGAAGAAGAAGGGAAGGGACUGGCGAAAGAUUAUGAUUUGGGCAAGGUUGAUUUUGUGGUGUGA